AUGCUCUUCGUUCGUACGUUUGCAUGGAUCGCGGCAGGUGUACUCUUCCGACACGCUACAGCAAGUGGAAGUGGAUCGGCCCAGGAAGUGCUUUCAACUUCAUUGAAACCUCAGAUAACAACACCUUUUGACCUUGGUGAUGUAUCCGAUCGACAACAUGUGCGCGAGGCUCGAUUUGGCUUCAACAUCUCGAACCGCUAUCGCACCCACUUCACUGUCAAAGAAGCACUGGACGAUUGGUGCGAGCGCAAUAGUGUUGAUGGCAUGAUCGCAUUCGUCGCAGGCGACUCAAGGCAGCCCCAUAAUUUUGAGGUUCUCAUCAAGGCCAAGUCCUCAGACAAGGAAUUUCUUGACUGCCUGGAAUUCGAGACUGACAAGGAGUCAUUGUUGAUCCAGACCAGCUCCACUGGAGGCACCAGCAGAUGCUCCUCGAACAAUGCCAAGGUACAAAUCGACAUAGUCAUUGCUGUGCGCCCUCAAUCUCUGCAAUUUGGCGGUACCGGUACCAGAGUCAGCACAAGGUACCUCUCGAUCGUCAUCUGGCCAGAAGUGGGAUUUGAAACAUACCAUAUGACGUUGCACUCGGUAUACGGCGAUGUUAUCUGCCACGAAAUAUCUUCCUUCACUGCGCAUUCAAUACACGUAUCCUCUGAUCAUGGCCUCAUCACAGGAAACUGGUCACUGCCAAGCUUUAUCGCGUUUUCCACCAUCGAUGGGACGAUCGAUCUGGAUCUUCCUCCAAAGCGAUGGUCCUCAGGUCCCCGGACUAAGGGAUCACUUUGGGCUCAAUCAUUCACUGGCAACAUAAGUAUCCGCAUGCCGUUCGAGGAAGACAAGCUCUCUCUACGGAAUUCUAUCACCAACAUCAACACACAAUACGGCUCAGUACAGGCUUCUCUUGUGCACGGAGCAGUAACCAACAUCACGGCCGUAUUUGGUACCAUCAACGCCACGUUACUGCCCCAUUGGGCUUUCUACCAGUGGCAAGGAGUCCAACAUAACUACAUCACCACUAGCUGUAGUCGUUGCAACACGACUCUGAAUGUCCUGACACCGAUCGCUAAUUACUUUUACAAAAUUCCGCCGCUCUUUUUCACGAAGAGCAGACAUGAGGUUGUUAUCGGAGAGCUGGCCCUUUACUAUCCUCCUGAGUGGGCUGGGACAGCUGAAUGGAAUGUUGAGGUCGGCACUGCAAAUAUAUCUGGUGAGGACUAUGAGGUUGUGGAAGAUGGCUUGCACGGCAGAAUCCAGAGGCUUCCACUGGGAAGCGACAUGUAUGCGGGGGUUGGGACAGGGAACUUGUCUCUGGUCAUGAAGGCAUGA